GGCAUAUUGUUACGAGAUGAUUCUGAAUCUCGUGCGAUAUUAACCAUACAUAGCUAUAGACGGUCUGGUCAUUCCGAUUUGAUUACAGAUGAUUCUUGUGAAAGUACGGGUUGGUGCCUACGAAUAUGUUCUUCACCUUUAGAGUCUCAUGAUAUGUUGGCUUCCACAUAG